GUGGAAUGACGACACAAACAGAGGAGCAGCGACAGCAGCAAAGUCGGUUGGACUACCCGAUCAACGAUGCGGUAAAGGGAGAGGUCCGUGCAAGGUAUGUUCCACCACCCGGAGAAGUCGGACAGCUGGCGCUCAAUGUGGGUGACAUUGUGUGGGUGCUGGAAGAAUCCGAUGAUGGAUGGUAUGGUGGUCAUAAGGAUGGCGAUGAAAACACCGGCUGGUUCCCAGCAUCCAUUAUUAAUCGGAUCCCAAGAGGCGACUGCGGGGAUGACGAUGAUGAUGACAGGAGAAACUCGGCCUUGUAUACGAGCGACUACCGAGCCGUAGCUUCGCCACAGGCCAAGCACCGGAAAGUCUCGGCCCAGCUCGAGCUCACAGAGACUAAGCAACGUCUGGAAGUUGCAGAUUCUGAGCGCCGCCGCUUGGAGGAAAUGGUGAAGGCGCUGCAGAAAGAGAAGACGGAUUGGGAGCACGAAAAGCGUGGCAUGAUGAAGAGGUACGAAGAGCUCCAUCACUCCAAGGUGCAAGUGGCGCAAGAAGAACUCCGGCGCAAAGAGGAGGAGAUUCGCUCGCAGAAGGAGAUCAACAAGCAGUUCGAGGAGAAUCUCCGCGCAGAGAAAGCCAGCACCAGCAGUCUCAAGGGCAAGCUGAAGGAGCUGGAGGAGCAUUGCCGGAAGCUCAAACUUGAGGUCGAUAUGAAGAAUCGGCCAGUACAGGAUGCUGGAAGCAGGGAGGAUAACAUCAGCGGCAGCACAGCAGGCAUCUCUCGCACUUAUGCCGGCGACAGCGGGCACCGCACGCCGUCUGUCCCUCACACGGUCCCAAGUGUGCUUUCAGGAAGCCUCCAGGCGCCACCUGCCCCGUGUACAAGUAUCCCUCCCACUUCCUCCAUGACCUCGGUCGGGGUCGGCCAGGUUUCCGCAUCUCCUUUGUCCGCCAGGCAGCCAUCGGGUGGUCUCGGAACGAGACACGU